AUGGUGCACGCAACUAUGACCUCGAGGCUACUCAGACUGCCAGCAGAGCUUCGGAGUCACAUCUACGAGUAUGUCAUUUCGAUACCCGAUGAUAAUCGCCCGACCGAACUUUCAGCCGCGACCGCGCCCUCCAAGGCUCUUUUGCUGGUCAACCACCAGGUCUACAACGAGUGUCGGCUCAUCUAUCGCGAUGUCUUGCGCAAAUACUGGCAAACCACCAGAUUCGUCAUUAACAUACCACCGAACCUCUCCGCCAAAGACAUCAGACAACAAAUCCUCCUGCACCAAGAGGACGAUCUGCAGCACGUUCGGUCUUUGAUGGUGGACUUUCAGCAGGAACUCCGACCGGCAGGGACUUGGCGAAGCUUCAAGAUGACACUCAUCGACUCGGUAGGGGUGUGGAUGAUCGAAGCUGCGACUCAUCAACGCGCAGUCCCAGCUAAGUAUUGGGUCCUUGCGCAGACACUCGAAGGCAAGGCACGUCUAGCCGAAGCUUGCGACUCAGCCGAUGUCGCAAGGAUCGAGAGUACAAAGCAAUCCGGCAAUCCAUCCGCAGUUUCACAGCAAAUAUCGCUUUUGCUGGGGAGUCUCCAGUGUGUGCAGGAGAUGAGCGAUCAGCGCUAG